AUGUGUUGCUUUUGGCGUCCUUCCUAUGCGCUAUGUCUAAAAUUUCCCAGGCGUCGCGUCGAUUUACGGUUGUUACCCAUACUUGGAGCUCUUUACGCGCUAGCUCUCAUCGAUAGGUCUAACAUGGGUGUGGCGCGUCUUGCGGGUAUGGGCCCAGCUCUUGGAUUAAGUGUUGGUGCACGCUACAGCAUCGUAUCGUGCAUCUAUUUCAUCCCUUACACCCUUCUUGAACUCCCAAGUAACAUGUGCCUACGUGCGAUUGGAGCCCGUAGUCUCCUGACCGGCACUGUUAUCGCUUGGGGUGCUGUACAGGUUGGAAUGGGCUUCGUUCCUUCUUGGGGAUACUUGGCACUCUGCCGGGUUCUUCUAGGCGUCUUCGAGGCGGGGUUUUUCCCGGCCUUGGUGUUCAUCGUGACCACUUGGUAUAAACGCCAUGAAGUUCAGAAGAAAUUAGCCGGACUAUAUAUGGCGUCAAUUCUCGCUGGUGGAUUCAGCGCCAUCUUGGCAUACGCUCUGAGUCUUCUUGAUGGCAAAGGAGGCCUCGGCGGGUGGUCCUGGAUCUUUAUCAUCGAGGGAAUGGUCACCGUUGUGUUUGGGAUCGUGUCGCGGUUAUAUAUCCCCGACUUUCCCGACAAGAACGACUUCCUUAGUGCUGAACAGACUGCCCUUGUGUUGCAGCGCGUUGAAGAGGACCGUGGCGAUUCCUUGCCUGACUCACUGAAGGGAAAGGUGUUGCUGCAUCUCAGUGAUUGGAAGGUCUGGGUCUAUGCCGUGAUGUAUCUGUGCACAACUAUCCCGGCGUAUGCAGUUGGGUAUUUUGUGACUCUGAUUUUGAGCGGGAUGGGAUGGAAUUUGGAGAUGUCCCUGUUACUUAGUGCUCCCCCAUACAUUUUCGCAGCUGUUAGUAUCUUCUUCUUUGCGUGGUUAUCCGACAAAUAUCACAUGAGAGCUUUGUUCAUCACCAUACAAACGCUGAUGACCAUAAUCGGAUUGGUCUUGACGGCGUACUGUAGCCUCCCUGGCUGGCGUUAUACUGGGAUAUUUUUAGCUAACGCAGGUUCUGCGGGAUGUAUUCCUGGGAAUCUGGCAUACGCUUCGAACAACAUUGUCUCGCACUCUAAGCGGGCUGUUACUACGGCGAUCACCGUCAGCUUCGGCGGAAUAGGUGGGAUCAUUGCGACUACUAUCUACCGUCAACAAGAUUUCCCGCGAUACAUUCCGGGGAUCAUUGCGACAAUCUCCCUACAGGUACUUGAAUUAAUUCUACUUGGCGUCUUGACGGUACACUUCUGGUAUGAGAAUAAGAAGGCGAAGGCGAAGGUGGAGGGAGAUGGUCAGGUCGGAGUCUUUUUAUACACGCUAUAA